GACGACACAGCCAGAAUAGUUAUGGUGAGUCAUGGAAAAUAACCAGGAAACCCAUUCCCCCAAAGGGGAUGGUGACUUAGUUUCUGAUAAAAUAAAUUUUAAAAUUGAAGAAGAUGAUGGAAUUCCGAAUCACAGCUUGGAAAGAGUGGACUUUAAGACUGAACAAGAGGACAGGAAAGCAGCUGGCAGUGGUGAUGAACAGGUAGAGAUCAGAGAAGCGAGCUACAGCUGUAAGCCCCCAGGGAAGUGUUUCCCUGCCGACCACGAGGACGACUAUGGGGCCCUGUUCUCACAGUACAGCAGCACGUUGUAUGAUGUUGCCAUGGAAGCUGUGACACAGAGCCUCCUGUCCAGCCGCAGCAUGAACUCCAGGAAGAAGUCUCCGGCCUGGAAACAUUUCUUCAUCUCUCCUCAGGACAGCACGAAGGCAGUGUGUGUUUACUGCAUGAAAGAGUUCAGCCGCGGCAAAAACGAGAAGGACCUGAGCACGAGCUGUCUCAUGCGGCAUGUGAGGAGGGCGCACCCCACAGCACUCAUCCAAGAGGAAGGCAGUGUGUCUACCCUGGGAUCCAUCUCCUCCCCUGCACUGGUGUUCCCUGCUCAGCCCACACCCCUUGGAGACCUGGGCACCGUACUGUCACCCAUCAAACUUGUCCAGAAAAAAGCCUCCAAGAUCCCAUCUACUGAGCAAGUGACAGAACAAUCUGGAUCUGUCGUAUCUUCUGAAGAGGUCUCCUCUGAUGUAUCCAUCUCUGAGAAGUAUAGGCAGGAAGAAGCCCUGGUGGAGCCACCCCAACCACUCCCCACUCCCCAGCAUGAUGACUCUGCAGAGAGUGGGCCAGAGAAGAGCUUUCCACUUCCAAAGAGUACCUCUGGAUCCCGAAGGUGGUCUGCAGUCUGGAAGCACUUCUACCUGUCACCUCUGGACAGCUCCAAGGCCGUGUGCAUUCACUGCAUGAGUGAGUUCAGCAGAGGGAAAAACGGGAAGGACCUGGGUACCAGCUGCCUCAUCCGGCACAUGUGGCGGGCACACCGUGCCAUCAUACUGCAGGAGAAGAGUGUGGGUGCAGCUAUUACGCCACCGUACUCUACACCCACCACUUUGUUGCCCACCCUACCAACGCAGGAGGGAAACCCAAGCCCUAUGUCCUCAUCGCCAGGCAACGAGGUACAAGAGUCCCCCUCGGCGUCCUCCUCCCCUGACCAGCUGACUGAGCAACUGCAGGCACGUCUGAAGCCUGGGGAUUCACCGAUGGAAGAUGCAUCAGUGUUGUCAUCCUCUGAUGAUGUGGGCGAGGCCUCGUUGGUGUCCUCCCCUGAGAAGCACCAGCGUGAUGGGUCGAGCCCUCACAUGGUUGAGUCUGGUGUUAUAUUCCAACAGAAUCAAAAGGUGAUGAAGAGACUGAAGUCGGAGGUCUGGCAUCACUUUUCCCUCGCCCCCAUGGACAGUCUGAAGGCGGUGUGCAGACACUGCAGCUGUGUCAUCAGUCGAGGAAAGAAGGGUGAUGUGGGCACCAGCUGUUUGAUGAGACAUCUCUACAGGCGCCACCCAGAAGUUGUUGGGAACCAAAAGGGCUUCCUGGGGGCUAGUUUGGCAAACCCUCCAUACAACACCUUGGCAUCCACAGAAACUUCCUCCAAACUAACUGACCUUCCAGCAGUGGUUACCCAAAGCAGUCCAGUUCUAUUUCCCGUUCACAGUAAAAAGACCUCCAAGCUGUGGAAUCACUUUUCUGUGUGCUCUGCAGACCCCACUAAAGUCGUGUGCUUGCACUGUGGCCGGACAAUAAGCAGGGGCAAGAAGCCAACUAACCUGGGCACCAGCUGUCUUCUGAGGCAUUUACAAAGGUUUCACGGCAGUGUGCUGAAGACCGAUGCCCCCAAGACCAUGCUGCCCUCUCCUCCAGGCGUCAGUGUGCCCCUGAGCGCAGAAUUGUCAGGAGCUUCCUCCUUUGACGACACUGAUGAGAAGUUUUAUGAUUCUCAUCCAGUUGCCAAAAAGAUAACAAGUCUCAUAGCUGAAAUGAUUGCACUUGACCUUCAGCCAUAUUCUUUUGUUGAUAAUGUUGGCUUUAACAGGCUGCUUGAAUACUUGAAACCUCAGUACUCUUUGCCCUCCCCUUCCUACUUUUCCAGGACAGCUAUCCCCGCAAUGUACGAUAAUGUGAAACAAAUCAUUAUGUCACACCUUAAGGAGGCUGAGAGUGGCAUGGUUCACUUCACGUCUGGAAUAUGGAUGAGUAACCAGACCCGGGAGUACCUGACACUCACUGCUCACUGGAUCACCUUCAAGUCAACAGUCUGGCACUGUGAGGAUCACCACUGCUCAGCACUGUUAGACGUGUCACAGAUUGACUGCGACUAUAGCGGCAACAGCAUUCAGAAGCAGCUGGAAUGUUGGUGGGAGGCCUGGGUGACAUCCACUGGCCUUCAGGUUGGCAUUACAGUGACUGACAAUCCCAGCAUAGGAAAGACGCUGAAUGAAGGGGAGCACUCCAGCGUGCAGUGCUUCAGUCACACGGUGAACCUCAUUGUCAACGAGGCCAUUAAAAGCCAGAGAAUGGUGCAGAAUUUACUCAGCAUUGCUCGGAAGCUAUGUGAGCGGGUGCUUCGCUCACAUGCAGCAAAAGAGAAACUGGCAGAGCUGCAGAAGGAGUAUGAAUUGCCGCCCCACCACCUUAUUCAGGACGUCCCAUCCAAAUGGAACACGUCGUUUCAUAUGCUCGAACGGCUCAUUGAGCAGAAGAGAGCAAUUAACGAGAUGUCCAUCGAGUGUAAUUUCAGAGAACUGAUCAGUUGUGACCAGUGGGAGGUCAUGAAGUCUGUGUGUCAUGCGCUGAAGCCCUUUGAUGCUGCGAGUCGGGAGAUGAGUGGCCACAUGUCUACCCUCAGCCAGGUCAUCCCCAUGAUCCACAUUCUGAACAGAAAAAUCGAGAUGCUGUUUGAGGAGACCAUGGGCAUCGACACCAUGCUGAAGUCUCUGAAGGAAGCCAUGGUGAGCCGACUGUCCGCCACCCUCCACGACCCCAGGUACAUCUUUGCUACACUGUUGGACCCUCGUUACAAAGCCUCCCUGUUCUCCGAGGAGGAGGCGGAGCAGUACAAGCAGGAUUUAAUCAGGGAACUAGAAAUGCUGAAUUCUACCUCAGAGGACAUACCUGUCUCCAAUGGGUGUCCUCCAGGCUCCCCAUCGAGAGACUCCAGUGGGGAUGAGAGCCUGUGGUCACUCAUGGCCAAGAUAAAAAAGAAAGGCCCAAGAGAAAAGAUGAAGGUUCCUGAGGCCAUGGUGCUUUCUUACCUGGAGGAGGAGGUGCUUGAACACAGCUGUGACCCACUUACCUACUGGAACCUAAAGAAGUCUGCCUGGCCAGGACUCUCAGCCUUGGCCGUCAGGUUUUUGGGCUGUCCCCCGAGUAUUGUCCCUUCAGAAAGGCUGUUCAGCACACCCACUGAGAACGGUAGUUUUGGCCAGUCCAGGCUCAUGAUGGAACAUUUUGAAAAACUUAUCUUUUUGAAAGUGAAUCUUCCAUUAAUAUAUUUUCAGUAUUGAAAUCACAAUGGGGCCACCAGGCUAAAGGUGUUGUUGCUCAUUAGGCACCAGCUGUUUGUCACAGGCUGUUGGUUGGCACCAGUUGGUGCCAAGGGGGACAUCAGACCGGGCACUCUCAGGUCCACACUGAGUUCUCUUGCAGUCUCACCGUAACGUCUAUAUGUGCCUUACUCCAAGUCCUUCAAGCCAGGUACCGCGGUGUGUUUUUACAAAGACACUAGAAAUAGCCUGUCCUGUCAGUUAUGAAACAGGAUGAUUAGGUUUUAACCCAUAACUAUAAAGUUUUUUAAAAACUG